AUGCAUAUGAAUAUGCAUAAGGCAAGUAGGGGAUCUCCCGCCCUCCGCAGCUGACCAGGCCCCGACCACGCCUUCUGCGUCGCUCCUGCCCGAGACGCCGCGUAGUCCCUCCUCCGGCCGCUAGGUGUAGCCUUCCGCCUGGAGGAGAAGGGCAAGGCUCGCAGGCUGACGGCUUCUUCUUCUGCUAGGCCCCGUGGAAGCGGGGCGGGGAGGCUUCGCCGUGGCGCCAUUCGCUCCGAGCCAGCCGGGUCGAAGUGUGUCGCAGGGGGCGGGGGAGGAGGCAGGACGCAGCUGCCGCCGAGGCUGCUAAGUGAAGGUACCGUCACGGGCCGGCCGGGCUGUCCCCUGGGCGGGGGAGCGCAGCGCUUGCCGGGCUGGCUCGCUGGCUGCCUGCAAAGCUCGUGGCUGGCAGAGGAGAAGCCUCUUCCUCCGCCGCCGCCGCGCGCAGGGACUGGAGAUGCGCGCGGCUCCGUUGGCUGGGGGGCGCGCGCUCCCUGUAGGGGUUGGGGAGCUCGGACGUGGGGGAGACCAGACCCGCCAGGAGGGGGUGGGGGAGAGAGAAGUGGGGGUCAGAGUUGGCUAAGAGACGCUCCCGCCUCCUCUCUGCAAGGUUUUGCAUCGAAGGAGGCGAGAAGCCUAGCUUGGUUGUUGCGAAGCGCCGCGCAAACCCUUCUUUGUUUACUUCAGGAAUUUUUAUUCCUUUUCGUUUUAACUCUGCAGCGGCUUCACCUUAAACGGCAAAAAGCACACUCCUCCAUGGCAAAGAACGCCCUCCCUUCUUCCCCAAUUCUGCUAUACUGUAUUUAGUUUAUUGGGAUUUUGACCAGGCCCCCAAGACCAUUGAAAAUGUAUACCUAUUUGUUAUCUCUGAGGGAGUUUUCCAAAAGAGGGAUGGAGCAGGUGACAUUUUGGGGCUCCCUGGUUUUGCUUCCUUCUUCCUUUUUAAAUCUAUGAGCACCUGUGGCUGCAACUACAUGGGAGAAUAGUUUGCUGAGUAGAACAUCUGGGGGUUCUGGGAUGUGGAUGUUGGCAUGUAUAUAAUAAUACAAUUGCCAUAACAACUGACAACUCAGUUUUGCAUCUGUGUUCAGCAAGUGUCCAGUUAGGGUUUCCUCAUCGGAGGUGCCUGCUUUAUGCUCCUUUUUGUGUCACUGAAGGAAUUGGAGGAGGGGAAAAAGGGAAGGUGUGUGUGCAAGUGGGAGGUUAAAAAAAAAAGGCUUGUAAACAAGGGUGUGUCUUGCUAUACUUAACCAGGCAGGAGCAGUGGGAAGCUGUGUGCUUGUCCCGGCAGGAAUGGUCUCUGCUUCUUCUUGAGGUUGUUAAUGUUUCCUCUUUGCUGAGGUGAAUGGCUGGGGCUCAGAGGCGCCCAAGAGAUAGUAGCGCUAUGCUCCUGAAAGACGGUGGAAGAAUCCGUCGGGUGCACCUCUCUUCGUCUGUGGCAAAUUCGAUACAAGAGCUUUUGGAGCAGAUAAUAUCUGAGCGGGAUGCUUUAGGUCAAGCCCUGGCUUCUCUCUCAGCUGGACUGGCCAGACUGGAGAAACACCUGGAAGAGACGGACCGCCGGGUAGAAGCUCUGGAAACAAAGGUGGUGUCCACACAAAGCUGUGUUGUCAAACACUCCACUCUGAUGGGGGAACUGGCAGUAGGGCGCCUGGUGGCCGACCGCAGGCUGGAGAGCCUAGAGAACAGAGUGCGAGCUCGGAACUUAAGGGUCACUGGUGUCCCAGCAGCUGUUGGAGAUGUCAACCUCAUUCCGUACCUAGAAAAUCUGAUGCCAGCUGCCUUGGAUUUAAAUGGGAAAGAGGUUCCCAUCUGCAUUGAAAGUGCAUACCGUCUCCCAGCAAAGCAUGCCCACGAGGGUAGUGGCAGUACAGUGCUAAUAACUCUCUCAGAUGUACGCCAUCGGGAGAGGAUACUGAACGCACCGUGGGCUUCCCAGACAACCAAGUUCAACGGACACAAGGUAUCCUUCUUUCCUGACCUCAGCCCUGCCACAUACGCCAGGCGGAAGCAUUUCGUUGCACUCAAGCAACAGUUCCUGAAGGCAGGAGCUCGGGCUUACGUCUUGAGCCCUGCAAAGUUAAAGGUGGUGCACCAGGGAAAAACCUACAUCUUCAAGGACAGCAAAUCUGCAGCCCAGCUGCUGGAUAAAAUCCAACAAGGUAGCUGGUGAAAGGUUAUGGUGAAUAAGGAUAAAUUGAAAUCUGAGCCAGGAAGCUUUGGCCCUUCUUUCUUAUGAUUGUGAAUUUCACACUAGUGUGCAGCUUUGUUUUGGCUAUCUCUGUCCCUUCUUUAUUUUGAGUAAAAAGUAGUUAGUAACGGAUACAAAGGAAUGAAAACUAGCUAAGAUUUACCAUCACUGCAAGCCUUGUGAGGUAUGCAAUAUCUUGGGAUAGCUUCUGUGAAAGUUUUUUAUUCCUGGGAAGAAAGGUUGCAGCGUUUGGGACUUUUUAGUUUAGAGAAAAGGCGAGUAGGAGGUGGCAUUAUAGAAGUAUGCAUAGCAUGGAAAAACCGGAUAGAGAAAAGUUUUCCUCCCUUUCUCAAGACACUAGAACUUGUGGAGAUCCAGUGAAGCUGGAUGUUGAAAGAUUCAGGACAGAUAAAAGAAAGCACUUCUUCAUGCAGUGCAUAGUUAAACUACAGAAGUGGUGAUGGGUACCAACUUGGAUGGCUUUGAAAGAGGAUUAGACAAAUUCGUGGAGAAGUCUAGCAAUGGCUACUUUCUAUGGUGACUGUGCUGUGCCUCCACAGUUUGAGGCCGUACUGCUUCUGAAUACCAGUUGCUGAAAAUCAGCAGCGUGUUUUGAAACAUCUUCGGAAUCUGGGGUCCCUUCCCUCUUUUGCCUCCCCCUUAUCAAGGUGUGUUCUGUCUCACAAAAUGUUACUGCAAUUUUCAUCAUCCCUGACUGUUGGUCAUUCUGGUUGGGGCUCAUGGGAACAGGAAUCCCCCCCUCCCUGUCCACUGUUGAGUGAGCUGCAUAGGACCUCUUGACCAGGGCUGGGGAACUGAGGGCCCACCAAAUGUUAGAUUCCUGCGCCUAUUUCAUUGCCCAUUGGUAAUAGCAUGUAAUGAUUAAAAUGCUGUUUUACCAGAGAAUAUUGAUAUGACGGUUCACUCACUGACAGCUGCAAUAUUAGCUGUAACUACUAAAUAGAACAAAUAUCAGUCUGCCUUCCCUGGAGAAAAGGCUCCUAAGAGUGUAGGAUAUAGUUUAUGGUUGAAUUAGCUAUUAUCGUUAGAAUUAAGGAAAGGGAGAUUUAAGAGGCAAUGCAUUUACUAAAAAAAAAAUGAGCCUUUUCAAUGUCUACUGGAAUGUUAAGAGUUUAGGAUCAUGUACAGCCUUAGGCACUAUAAGGAGAAGCAUAACUUUGUUUUCUAUGGGAACAUGUUUCCUAUGGGAAUAACAGCCUAAUGAUAAACAAGCCAACCAAUGAGAGUCCGUUUAGAGAUACCAGCUAUUCCAUUUGGCUGCGAAGUUUGUAUUAUUUGUUACAUUAGGUAUAUUGCAUUAUGCUUGUUGAACAUGUGUGUUGUGAGUCAGCAAAAUAAAUUUUGAAAAAACCUGGGGGGAUUUGGAAAAGGUAUUGGGAAGAGGCAACAGAGGGACACCUAGCAGGCUCCCUCUGGACGGGUAUGAGAAAGGUGGGUUGCAAACGGGGAGAGAGAAAAGAGGAUUGAGUUGUCACCUUUUCACUAACAGGUCUCCUGUGCAAUAAUAACUGUGUGAGUCGCUGCUGAAUUUCUGCAUUCAUUAGUAAACUGGGGAGUGAAACGCAUUUCUGAAUUUUUGCCAGUUGUGUGCUGAUAAAAACACGAUAGGCCAGCCUUCUAGACAGACCCUGACCAUUGUGCUGGGGAAGAGGCAUGGUGCAAUAUACAUUCUUUUUAUUAAUGGCAGGUUGUCAGUGUCAGUUGCAGGUUUUGGAGAGCUCUCAGUCAAGUUAUCAUUAGUCCCCUGCCUCUUAGUACAGGCCCAACCUUCUCAUUGUUUCAAGCUGCUGCUGUACUUCUUUUCAUUGUUACUAUGUUCUCAUCUGCCAUGGCGUGAACAAGCAGGCAGUGGUUUACCCUGCCCUCUGUAGGUGAGGAGCACGAGUGCAGAGCUCUUGGUUGGGGCCCAUUAAAAGUGUGGCCCUUGUGGCCUAUGCCAGCCCACCUUUUUUCUUUGCCUGGUGUAAAAUCAGAGGGGCAGCCCUUCCGAGUGCCAGGGCAAACAGUGAGGGAGUGCCAUUGUGCUCCUGCCCAGGUUGUGGGCUUACCAGUGGCAUCUAGUUGGCCACUGCAGCAAAUGGGACCCAGCAGAGCUCUUCCUGGAGGAUGUACUGAAAAUGUGUAGAAGCAGGCUGAAGCAUUAGUAGAACUUAAUUGUUCCUAAGCUGCUUGGGCAAUUGCAACUUUUGACCACAGCCUACCCAGCUCCAGCAGGUAUCGUAAAGACUUGGAGAAUAUCACUGAUGCAGGGACAAACUUGAAGUAGCUAAUGUUGAGCCAGAUGAGUUGGGGCAUAUUGGGUUCUCUGAACCUCUCAGCAAAAGGACUAGGUUUCUGUGGUACAAAAUCAGAAGAGGUUUUGGGGAUAUACGGUUCCCACACUGAACCCAGAUCAAAGCACCACUACCCAGUGGGAUCAUUUUAUUAUUUAUUUGGAGUAUGCAUGCUGUUACAGAGAAGGCCACAUGCCCAAAGAGAGGCUACUCUGGACACAGCCUCCUUAAUUUUUCCUGAGCCUUUCUCCAUUGUAAUCCUGCAAUUUGAGUUGCUGUAUAGAGUUCACCUGUUUCCUUGCCCGUGUUCAAAUUCUCUGAUCCUAGUGUUUCUCUUCCUUCCUUUCUGUCUCAAACUCUUUCAGAAAAGAUGACUAUGACUUUGAUCCGCAACAGGCUGGGGCUGCUGGUCUUAGGAGUCCUUGUCACCUUCGUCCUCUACCUGUUGCUGCCGGCAAUCCAGCAUGAGAGAUUCACAUCCUCGGUAGACAUCCCCAAGCCACGGGCUAUGGAGGAAGAAAUGAAUAAGGGUCAAGGCACGGGCAACAUCACCAUCUUGACAGGGACAGUCCUGCAAAAUCCCUCUGUUUUCUUUAGAGAAGCUGUACAGGUACAGAAAGAUGGGCCACCCUUCACUGAAAGGUAAGCCGCCCCCCCCAAACUCUGACUAUAAUGAGAUAAAAUGGCCCUUGUCACCUUAAAUAAUAAACAAGUUCCAUUGCAGCCUGUACAUACUGACAGUUUGCAACUGCAUCAGCUUAGGUUAUGAUUCUAGUAGUGUGUCCUCAUGCAAUAAUCAGACUACUAGAGACAAAACAAAUUUUGACAAAUUGUUCUUCCUUUGAUCCAGCAGUGCAUUCGGUGCCUCUGCAGAUACGCAAAUGCUUGUUGACUAAACCAAGAUGGCUGUUAUCCAAAGCAUCUUUGAAUUAAAACUACAGUGGUGCCCCGCAAGACGAAUGCCUCGCAAGACGGAAAACUCGCUAGACGAAAGAGUUUUCCGUUUUGGAGGUGCCUCGCAAAACGAAUCUGCAAUGGGCUUGCUUCGCAAGACGAAAAUGUCUUGCGAGUUCCUGGGGUUUUUUUCCUUUCUCCCCUCUUUUCUAAGUCGCUAAGCCGCUUAUCUGCUUAACUGAUAAGCUGAUAAGCUGCUAAAGCCGCUAAAAGCCGCUAAUAGCGCUAAUAGCGCUAAUCCGCUAAUCCCGUCAAUGGGCUUGUUUCGCAAGACGAAAAAACCGCUAGACGAAGAGACUCCCAGAACGGAUUCUUUUCGUCUUGCGAGGCACCACUGUAUCUUGGUAGCUGCACUUCUGCUGCUAAAAACGAUCCUUCAGCACUUGGGAGAAUAAAUACAUUUUGGCUUUUCAGUUACUUUUCCACUCAGAGGUGCCAAAAGAUGACUGUUACAAUGGUGAAGUAUCCAGAUCUAGACUUUACCUCUGGAUCAGCUGUUUCACAGAUCUUUUUGUUUCUUUCCAGCAAAGUGCAGAAAUGUUCGACGUAGCAAUAGCCUGCUGAGUCUUGCUGAUGCUGAAGUUUUCCUCCUAUGUUUGUUGUGCUAACCUAUUGGACUUUUCAGGUGGUAGCUUUAUUGUGCAAGUCCUAGUAUGUUAUUGCAGAAGAUCCAAACACCUUUUUCCUCAGCUAGCACAUUUGUUGUAAAGAAUCUCAUUUUCCCAGCUGUCAAGCACAAUAUUUCAGCACUAAAGAGAUAGAUAGAUUCCACCCUUGUCAGACCCAAAGCAACUAGAUAAUUUUAUGUAAAGCUGCCAGUUCCCAAAGUUUUGUAAACUAUUACCUCAGAUGAGGAAAUUCUUUCUCUUUCCAAUAUUUCACUAACAAAAUCCUUGCUGUUAGUCAUAUAAUGUAAUAAUUUCUCACUUUCUUUGACAUGAGUUUUUAUUGGUGAGCGCUGGUGACAUCAAUGGUGACGAUCUGCAAUCCUCAUUCCCAAUACCCACACCUAUAAAAUAUUUUACUUUCAUUUUUCUGUGUUGGAGAACCUGAGUACUGUUUACUAUGCCACUGUAUCUUAAAUAUGUGUAUAUCCUUUGCUGCAGUCCUGUGUUACUGUGUGAACUCUCUUCCUCAUUUACAUUUAAUUCUAGGCUGUGUGCAGCUCAGAAGCGCUGGAGUGCGUAUAUACCCUCCCUUUCAGAAAAUCUGUACUGCUUUCCCACCCCCAUCCAGGCUAUCAUUACUUCUGUAUUUGUUGUUUGUUUCUUCAUUUGCAAAUAGACUAUACACUGUGUUUUCUUUUCCAGGUUGGCAGUGAUCUUCCUGCAUGGUCAGUCCUUCAAUUCCAAAAAAUGGGAAGAAUUGGGGACACUAGCUUUACUUUCUGAGAAUGGAUAUCGUGCAAUAGCCAUUGAUUUGCCUGGUGAGAAUAAGCUGCAGACUUACCCAUGUUGGAGCUUUAUGUGCUCUUGCAGUUCAUCAGGGAGAAAUAACAUAAAAAUGUGUGUAUCUAACUUCAUCACCGGCACUUUAGUUGACAGUGAGCAGAGGUAUAAGAAAAAGCACCACUUCCUAUGUUCACUGAACUACUCCCACAUAACUGGGGCAGGGGUUUGGCAUGUAAGGGUGUUAGGGGAGAGGUAGUACAGUGGUACCUCGGGUUACAAAUGCUUCGGAUUACAAACUCUGCUAACCUGGAAGUAGUACCUCGGGUUGCAAACUUUGCCCCAGGAUGAGAACGGAAAUUGCGCGCCACCAACGGGAGGCCUCAUUAGCAAAAGCACACCUCAUGUUAAGAACAGUUUCGGGUUAAGAAGGGACCUCCAGAAUGAAUUAAUCCAAGGUACCACUGUACCUCAUGGGGGGGACGUGUCAUGCUUCUCCUGGGGUAGUUUGUCUAACAUUGGUCUCCACUCCGUACUCAGCUCUCAGCUGAGGCUCCUAGAAGCUGUCAGCAUGCAACAGCAGCCACAGCCCAGGAGCAGCUUUGACUGGCCAUCUAACCAGGUGAGGGUAGCUGAUGGGUCUCAAACCCUCAGUGAGUUUGGGACUUUCCCUCCAUACAAAGACAAGCUUUGGUAAAAAAGGAAAAAAGAAGAAAAAAAAGGAAGAAAAAAAAAAGAAAAAACAAAAAAACAAAGACAAGCUUUGGCGAAUUGAUCAGAUGAAACCAAUAGUGGCUCCAACAGUCAAGGCGGCGGUUUCUGCUCAUGUUGUAGAGGAAGUGAGGGGCAGACUGGGCUAGUCAGUCUGGGAAGGUAGCCCUUCUUGGACAAGGAAAACUCUGGUCCUAAACCUUCUCUGUUUUGUGGGAUAUCUUCUGGAGAAGAAAAGGCUAAGGAGUAAAUCCCUAAGACAGUUGAAUGGCAUCUUGUACGCCUCAUUCUGGCAACUCUUGUAGCCAGGCUGGUGCCAAACGUAGUGCUGUGCUGUCCUUUGGACCACAUCAGCAAGGCCAAGAGGAGGGUCUUGUUGUCUGGGCAGCCCAAGACCUUCACACACACUUCCAAGGCUUGCACCCUGGGGAGGUUACUUUGGUGCUGCUAACGCAGCGGUUUGACUUCACCCCAGAGGCACACUCCAUUGUCUCUCAAGGCAGAUGGAUGCCAAUAACUGGUAAAGCAGUGGUGGCCAAACUUGGGACUACAACUCCCAUCAUCCCUAGCUAACAGGACCAGUGGCCCGGGAUGAUGGGAAUUGUAGUCCCAAAACAGCUGGCGGGCCAGUUUGGCCACCACUGUGGUAAAGGGAUCCUUAACUCCUUCACAACAUGAAUGCCACAGAAAUAAAGGACCUGCCAAAAUCCCUGUCCCAUCAAUCACAUUGGGGGAAAAGUGACUGAAGUACUGUACAAAGUCAGGCAGUUUUCUUGAGUUCCCCAGCUGUUAGACUAUAACUCACAUCAUUCCCAGACAGCUGAGCCCAAUGGCCAUGAAUAAGCCAGUUAUACUGCUGGCUGGCAAAUGAUCGCCUAGAAGAUCUUCCAUGAGGCCACCAGAUUCCAAUGAUGCUUUCAGUGUUCUUUGAUCUUAGGACCCUAGAUGCUGUUGGACUACAGCUCCCAUCAUUUCAGGGUGCUGUAAGGUCUGUGACGAAUGAGACAAGGGAAAACAGCACUGCCCAUCUUGGAUAUAUUCCUCUUUCAGGCAACACUGUUCACUAGAGGGCAAUGCUUGGUCCCUGCUCUGGGAUUCUUUGUCAUAGUUACUCAUUGCCUUGGAGAUGUGGCAGAACUAGCCUAGAUAAGUUUGGCUUGCAUUAGAGCACAAGGUGGCUGCUAAUUAGCAGUAAGCAGUGACCUAUGAGUUGAAGGUUCUUUUUGCUUAGUGGUAUAAAUUUUAGACAGAUCGCUGCAUCUUCUCCAAAGGAAGCCAGAAGUAAUUGCUAGUAAGUUCAGGUUGAAAAUUAGUUGGUUUAGCAGCAAAGCCAUGUAGUUCUCUCUCCUUGAAUGUUCAGCUUCCUUGAGUCUUCGUUUCAUAGGAGCUAAACUCAGCUCUGCAUUUUGCAGCAAACCUCAGUGCUAGUGGAGUGAUUUCUCCCCCCACCCCACACACUUAAUGCUGGUGCAGGUUCUUUAAAUGACAAUGAUGCUUAGCAUUCAUAAUCACUGCAUUUUUGAGAGAAGGAAUCAAAUAUGUUGGUAAUUCCUACCAUAGCACUGUAAGGUAAUUCAAUAAUAUUGCUCCCAUAAUACUGAGAGGCUGUGACUUGCAGGAGACCACCUUAUAGAUUACUUGGUUGAUUUGAAAUGGAAGGCGCUUGGCUCAUGGCUCACCCUCUUAACCACUAAGUAACUAAAGAAACCACCACUGGCAAAGAUCAAUUAACUCUGUCUCUGCAACCUUCCUAAGACCCUGAUUGUCCACAGGAUUGGACAGAGGAAAACCACCCUAUUGAGGAAAGAACCUAGAUCUGUGUGCUUAACAAAGGGACGACAGUGGCCUGAGCUUGUGCAAGGCAUAGUUUUCUUCACUUUGGGCAAUGGGGAUCGGUUGGUAAAGUUAGUAGCUGGAAUCAGUCUCAUGUUUUUCCACCAGUGCAUGUUGAUUGUUGCCUGUGUGUGUCCUGGCUGUCUUAAUUACCCCAGUUCCUUCUGUUUCUCAACAGGCUAUGGGGAGUCCCCAAGCUCCAGCACUGUUGAGACAGCACAAGGCCGUGUUGCUUUCCUGCAGCAAGUCUUCAAGGAGUUGGGACUCCAGCAGCCUGUUUUGAUAAGCUCUUCCAUGAGUGGUCGCUAUUCUAUUCCGUUCCUUCUGGCUAGUGGGGAGCAGCUGAAGGGCUUUGUGCCCAUUGCACCUGUAGGCACCAAGGACUUCACGUCUCAGCAGUAUCAGCAGGUCAAGGUAAGAGAGAGGGAGCUGUGUCAUGGUGUCCCUUCUAAUGUUGUGGCCUGCAGCUCAUUUGAUAAAGAUAUCAUGGGGGCAAGCCAUAGCAUACGAUUCUAGCGGUGGAGCAGAAAAAUUGAAUGCCAGCCUAGUCUUUGUUCACAAGUGCUCUCAUGCUCUGAAGGGAACCUGUGUAAAACCAAUAAUGUGUACACACAGCAGGUACAGAAUUUGGCAUAACAUCUGGCAUCCCAGGGAAGUUGACCGUCAUUGUUUAGAAGGAAGCUUUAGGCCUGCUUGACUUUUUUUGCAGGGGGCGGGGAAUGGAAUACAUACUGGAUUAAGGAUAAGAAAUUUCAGGAAAAUAACAGAGUUCAGUAACUUUGAACAGCUUCCAGGCUUUUCUGCCUCCUUGGGUUUUAGUUAACCAUUUUUACUCAGAGUAGAUCCAUUGAAAUCAAUGCUUAUGACUAACAUUGUUUUUAAAGGUUCUACUCUGAGUAAAAGUUAGUUUAAUACAGCCUCUUGUCUCUGUUCCUGGUUAGUCAUCUUUCCCACCAUUCCAUUCUGUCUCUGCCUUUUGCUGCCUCACUAUUAACUCUUCUGUAGAGUGGUACCUCGGGUUAAGAACUUAAUUCGUUCCGGAGGUCCGUUCUUAACCUGAAACUGUUCUUAACCUGAAGCACCACUUUAGCUAAUGGGGCCUCCCGCUGCUGCCGCGCCACCGGAGCACGAUUUCUGUUCCCAUCCUGAAGCAAAGUUCUUAACCCGAGGUACUAUUUCUGGGUUAGCGGAGUCUGUAACCUGAAGCGUAUGUAACCUGAAGUGUAUGUAACCCGAGGUACCACUGUAUAUGGAAACAGUUUCUUUAGGUACGGAAAUGUAUGCUCUCUUGUUUCAUCUGCCUGAUUCUGGGUGCAACGCUUCUGCAGAGCAGAAGGUGCACAGGACUCCACCCAGAUUACAAUGAGAACAGGGUUCUUCUCUCAGUUGCACUGGCCUACCUACUCCUUAUAGCAAGAGGCAGCCACUGUGGUUCCCAUCGGGUGUUGCAGACAACAUUCCUGACCGCUGGCCAUGCUAACUGGGGCUUAUGGGAGAUGUCGUCCACAGCAUCUGGAGGGCACCUCAUUUGCUACUCUUGUACAUCUUCUGUGCCAACACGUUUUGUACAUUUAGUCCCUUUAGUCAGUUACAAAUAAAGCCUUUUACAAAACAAGUCGCUCCUCACAUGAGCGUGCAGUCAUGUAAGUUUGUAAUAAUGUAUUCCUUCGGGAGAUACUUGGUUCCCAACAUCCUCUUCUGCCUGAAGGUCUCUAGGUAGACUUUCUGCUUUGCAUCUUGGCAACAGGCACACUUGUUGAAUCAGAUUUAUUUGGUGUACAUUGAAAUGCAUAAUUAGGAAGGAGAUGUGGAGCUUUGCAAAAGUGAAGUGAUGAUGAGCGUUGCCAGGCAUAGCAAUCACCCUGGCUUCAUAAUCACAAAAGAAAGAAGCUGGUGGAAAUAAGCCCUGUGGCCAAUCGCUUGGCCAUUGUGUUAGUCCAGAUGAUGUAUACAGCAUGGUAUGUAGCUGACCAUAUGGGACAGUAGUGCAUCAAACACUGGCUGCUUUAUGGAAACCCAGUCAGAUGGACGGGGUAUAAAUAAUAAAUUAUUAUUAUUAUUCUCGUCAGGUGAGAAUCGAGGGGGAAUAGUACAUCUGCAAUUGUAAAUCCCAGUCUCAAACUUCCUACCAAGCUGAUGAUUGGCCCCUAUAACCUUUUCACUUUCAGCUAAAAUGUAUAUUAUAAGAGUGCAUAGCCUUAUAGUAGUUUUCAAUCUGCUGCUCUUUAAUGUUCUGAUUUAUGUGUGCUUUUGUAUGUCAUCUUGAGCGCUUGCUUUGGCUGGAAAGGAAGCCCAGAAAUGUUACAAAUACAUUUCCAGCAGAGCUUUCAAAGAAGCGCCCACAAGUGCCCAUACAUAAAAGUAUGGCAUUUCUUCAUCCGCAGUGCUCCAGGGAUUGUACUUCCCAUGCUCACUUCCACCAGGCCCAUUAGAACAUUACUGAUGUGUUAAUGUUUUGAUCUCUCUAGAUUCCAACGUUGAUUAUCUAUGGAGAGCGUGAUACUGGCUUGGGCACUCAGUCUCUUCAGAGCCUUCAACAGAUUCCCCAAUCCAGAGUUGUCAUGCUUCUUGGAGCUGGCCAUGCCUGUUACCUUGAUAAGCCUCAGGAGUUCCACAAAGCACUCCUGAACUUCCUCGGUGAGCUGAAGUGA